UGCGAUUGCUAUUUCAACUUGUUAAGACAAGAUGGAAGUGAAAUUUCAAGAUGGCGUCGACUUUUCGAAGUUAUUGGACAAUAACGAUCCGCUGGGACAUUUCAGACAAAGGUUUUAUAUAAGAAAACAUGUAGUAUAUAUGUGCGGUAACUCAUUAGGUUUAGCAUCGAAGGAUGCUGAAGCUGGACUCUUGAGAGCAUUGGACAAAUGGAAAGAAGAAGGCGUUGCGAUAUGGAAUAUUGACGAUAGUAAAUAUUAUUUAUACUCUUCUCACUUGGCGCGUCUUUUAGCUCCUAUAGUUGGUUCAGAGGAAGACGAAAUUGCAGUUAUGGAUACUACAACAACGAACAUACAUCAGGUCAUCAGUACAUUUUAUAAACCUACAGAUGCAAAGUACAAGAUAUUGGUUGACGAUAUAAACUUUCCAACUGAUCGUUACGCGAUAGAUAGCCAAGUUAGAUUGAAAGGGUACGACCCGAGAGACGCAGUUAAAGUUGUUAAAAGUAUCGAUGGUAAAUUUAUAAAUGAAGACGAUGUUAUAGACGCCAUGACACCUGAUGUUGCGAUAGUUUUUCUGCCCACUGUUUACUAUAGAACAGCGCAAGUGCUUGACAUGGAGAAGGUGACUAAAGCGGCUAAGGAUCGUGGCAUAUUAGUGGGCUGGGACUUAUGCCAUGCGAUUGGAAUAUUGGAAAUAGACUUAAAGGCGUUGGAUUGUGACUUUGCCGUCUGGUGCAACUACAAGUAUUUGAAUGGAGGCCCUGGAUCAGCUGCUGCGUUAUACAUAAAUAGAAAACAUUUCAAUCUUCUGCCAGGACUAGCUGGUUGGUACGGGAACAGGGUAGAGACUCAAUUCCUUUUGAGACAAGAGUUUGAUCAUCAAAAAGACGCGGGUGGCUGGCAAAUCGGAUCACCGAAUGUUUUUUCAAUGGCGCCUUUGAAAGGAGCUUUGAAAAUGUUCAACGAAGCUGGAAUGGCCAAUAUUCGGAAGAAAUCAUUGCAUAUUACGAAAUAUUUAAUGUAUUUAGUUGAGAAGAAGCUAAAGAAAUAUGGAUUUACGAUUGGGAAUUAUAGGGAAGACAGCAAACGGGGCGGUCACGUAUGUUUGGAGCACAAUGAAGGAUACAGAAUUAGUUUAGCUUUAAAGGAUCGUGGAGUAGUGCCAGAUUUCAGAGAUCCCAACAUUAUUCGGUUGACUCCAACAGCACUAUACACGAGUUAUACUGAAGUUUACGAAGUGGUAAAUAUUUUAAUCGAUAUAAUGGAAAAUCACAGUUAUUUGAACAUUAGCUUGAAAAGAAAACUGGUUGUUUAACUCCUUAAAUGUUGUUUAUUUUGUUUAAAUAUUAAUGUGUCAGCAAUCUUAUGAUUGGUUAUUAUAGAACCAUGAUGAAAUAAACUUUAAAGUUUCCAUGAGAAAAAUAAAAUCACUGUCAAAUUUUACGUUACCAAUAAAAAAUGUUAUUUAAGUAAAUCAUUUCCAUCGCAAUAUAUUAGAAUAUUUAUCUUUAUGUAAGUUUGCAUUUAUAUGUUCAUAUAUAUGUAUAUAUUAUUUGUGUUUAUUUAUGUUAGUAUAUCAUAUUUUAUUAUUAUUAUUAUGUUCAAGUAUAUUUUUAUUUAUAUUGUUUAUUAGCAACUCGUCCCGGCUUCGCACGGAUGGGCAUUAUUUAGAUUGAUAUAAUUCUUUAUAUUUAUGAACCGAUUGAAAUAAACUAAAUAUUAAGUGGAUCAAACCGCAAUCAAAUUAGUUGAGCCGUUUCUGAGAUUAACGUGCACAAUCGUACAAACAGAAAAAAACAUUGUUUUGUGUUCUAUUGCGUUUAUAAAGCUCCCCUAUACUAGUUUUCCUUAUAUUGACAUAUCAAACAUUUUCUAUACACUAGCCUGCGAUGAAUUGAGAAAAAUUGCAAUUGAGGGUGUAUCUUUCGUCCUCUUUUUACUAAGUUUGCAUAAGAAGAAAGGAGGCAUCCAUAUGAUUUACUGUUUUUAUUUUAUCAUUCCUUCUAUGUAAUUCCUUGUUCUUAGCAUUCACACAAUAAAUGAUCUUUAAUUAAAACUA